AUGGCAGCUUUGAAGCCAUUCCGUCUGGCCUCUCGACUUUUCUCACAGCGACCACUUUCUCCCGCAGUCUGUUCAACAUUCCUUCCGGCAGCCUCAAUUCGUACACUGCCAAGGAUACGGACUUAUGCUACCCCAGCUGGAAGAGAGUAUACUGUGCGGGAUGCCCUCAAUGAGGCAUUGGCAGAGGAGCUGGAGAGGGACGAGAAGGUGUUCAUCUUGGGCGAGGAGGUAGCACAAUACAAUGGAGCUUACAAGGUUACAAAGGGUCUGUUAGAUCGCUUUGGUCCGAAGAGGGUCAUUGAUAGUCCUAUCACGGAGUCGGGGUUUUGUGGCCUCACAGUUGGCGCAGCAUUGGCCGGUUUGCACCCAGUGUGCGAGUUCAUGACGUUCAACUUCGCCAUGCAGGCAAUUGAUCAGAUAAUCAAUUCAGCUGCCAAAACACAUUACAUGUCCGGUGGCAUCCAACCCUGCAACAUAACAUUUCGUGGCCCAAAUGGAUUCGCAGCUGGUGUCGCCGCGCAGCAUUCGCAAGACUAUUCGAGUUGGUAUGGCAGCAUUCCGGGGCUCAAGGUUGUGUCCCCUUGGAGCGCCGAAGAUGCGAAGGGCCUUAUGAAGGCGGCCAUUCGAGAUCCUAAUCCAGUGGUGUUCUUGGAGAACGAAUUGCUCUACGGUCAGACCUUCCCCAUGAGCGAAGAGGCCCAGAAAGAUGAUUUCGUGCUACCGUUUGGUAAAGCCAAGAUCGAAAGAUCCGGCAAGGACCUUACUAUCGUUACGUUGUCAAGGUGUGUAGGUCAGUCAUUGAAUGCGGCUGAAGAUCUCAAGAAAAAAUAUGGCGUUGAAGCAGAAGUCAUCAAUCUUCGAUCGGUCAAACCGUUGGAUGUGGAGACAAUCAUGAAGUCCCUCAAGAAGACGGGUCACCUGAUGGCCGUCGAAUCAGGAUUCCCCUCCUUUGGAGUGGCAGCGGAGAUUCUCGCCCUGACGAUGGAGUAUGGAUUUGACUAUUUGGAUGCACCGGCGGUGAGAGUGACUGGGGCCGAAGUACCUACACCUUAUGCGGAAAAGCUGGAGAAGAUGAGCUUCCCACAGGAAGACACCAUUACCACCUACGCAGCGAAAUUACUUAAAGUAUAA